AUGGUGUUGUCUGCCGGGCAAGUAUCGCUUUUGCUGGUUACUUUCCUCAUGUCCAGCAGUGUCGAAGGUGUUAAACCACAAAACGGACACAUUCGCCUCAGCCAAGUAAAUGAUGACUACAUUUGCCGGCAUGAGACAUUUGAAAACCGUUUCAUCAGAGGAACACAUGUGAGCGUAUUUGCCUCAGUCAACCGAGGAAAUGGAUCGUCCUUUAUCUACGAUUCUAUCUUUCUUUGGGUGGAAGAUGUAAAAUACGAUCGCUUCAAGGCUUGUGUUGUGGAAGGAGGCCGAGGAGCUGGGGAUAAUUUCACUAUCGACUGGUUUGCAGUUCAAGGUCCACAGACAGGAACUGAACAUGGUACAACACCAUUUAGCAAAUUUACUACAGGAUCACAGUGCAACCGGGUGACAUUUAAAAAGGGUUUUAAGAAAACUCCUACAGUUCACGUCACUGUGCAGCACACUAAAAAAGACCGGAAGUACGAUGCAAUGCUGGUUUGGAUUGAAAACAUUUCGCCAAGUGAAUUUGAAGUUUGUUUACAAGAGUCAAGGGUAUUCGAUGGGCUCCACGAAGGACUUAUAGUGAACUGGAUGGCAUACGAGAACUAUCCUCAAAAUUGGAGAGCUAAGGAGUCCAAAACCAUUCUGUUUUCUGGAAAGGAGUUACCCACAGCCGAAAACAAGUAUGCACUGUGUAAGACGAUCAAAUACGACGAGCCGUUUUUUAACCCACCCAUCGUUCUGACAACUGUCUUCAAUGCUGCUCAAGGUAACAAAUCGAACAAUGGAUGUGGUGCGAAACAAAAAGAGCCUUUGCUAACCUGGAUGGAGGGAGUGACCAAGAAACAAUUUCAAAUUUGCAUAAUAGACCACGCAGGAUACGGUAACCAAAGAAGCGACGUGGUUAUAAACUACUUAAUUAUUGGAGACCUCGACCCGUGUAGAAAUAUUAACUGCACUUACGAAAGCUUCUGCUAUGCUCGUGAUGAGUGGACGUAUGAAUGUCGCUGCCGAAGUAACUGCCCAUCGUACGAGGAACAUGUGUGUGGUUCCAACGGUCGAACUUUCAGGAAUAUGUGUGACUUCAAACAAACGAUUUGUGAAGAACGCGGCAAUUAUACAAACUAUCAUCCUGGAAGAUGCAAUGGUUUCCCUAUGCAGAAAGGAAGACACGAGUUUCCAAAUCCUCCUCUCGGGAUAGAGGAUCAGUGUGUUGUGAUCAAGUUCAAACCUUUCAUAUUCUAUCCUCUUAAGGAAGUUCACGUGCAACUCACUGUGAACCACUUCAACUACUCGUAUGCCGAUUGGGUACAUGAAGCUGCUACACCUUGGGUCGAAAGCGUUAACGUCACUCAGUUUACUGCCUGUGUUACUCGAACUGGAAAGGACAAAUAUCUUGCAGACAGCUUCCCUUCAAUAGACUGGAUGGCCUAUCAGGGAAAUCCACCUGGAGGAGUAGCAGGGGAAGCGAAUUUCACAACAUGGUCGACUGGAACUAGCUGCGUAACAGUCCCUUUAUCUCCAAAGCGUUCUGAGCCCCCGUCUGUCUUUGCAACAGCAGUGCACCACAGAACAGGUCUCAGGUAUGACGCUACCUCUUUAUGGCUCGAAGAUGUUUCAACGAGUUCUUUCCAGAUCUGUCUUAGAGAAUUUCAAAACUUCGCAGGAGCUCAUGAUAAAAUUACAGUGAGCUGGCUGUUUUUCGAAAAAACACCUAGACCAUGGUUUAAGGAGCACGGCCUCGUCAGCUUUCCGAAUACUGGUUCGCCGUCGGAAGAGUACAACUACGCUUUCUGUAAGGAUGUGAGUUACACUCGAUCGGCUUACAAAAAGCCCCCAAAAGUAUUUAUAAGCGCCAGUCAUUCUACCAGUGGAGGCAAUGCUCCAGCAGAGUGCAAUGGAAUCGUUAGCUGGAUUGAGUAUAUCACAGAGAAGGCAUUCCGAAUCUGUGUCAAAGAACUGGAAGUGCAACGCUUUGACCCACUGAACGUUUCAUAUGCGGUGUUGGGAGACAGUAUUUGUAAAGACGACUGGUACUAUUUCGAUAACUUUUGCUACAGUCAAGUGGCUGCAUGCGAUAACUGGGACAACAGCAAUAGAGCAUGUGGCUUAAAGUCAGCUGACCUUCCCAGCAUACGUAACCAGGAAGAAAACGUUUUUGUCCAAAGUCUGCAUGGUGGAGAACACUCCUGGUUGGGGCUCAAUGAUAUCAACUCUGAAGGGAAUUUUGUGUGGAGCGACAAGAGCACAUCCAAAUUUAGGCGUUGGGCAAAGGACCAACCGAACAACUAUGGCAAUGAAGAUUGUGUUCAUACUCUUGGCUUCCUUAAAAAUCAUCAUUACGAAUGGAAUGACGUGAACUGCUCUGAUUGUCACAGAUAUUCUUGCAAGAGAGAUUAUGAUGAAUGUGCUGACCAAAAUUAUGACUGCCCAGCUGAUUCUCAUUGCGUUAAUGUGUUUGACGGUUACGACUGCCGAUGCAAUAAAGGAUUCUUUCUGAAUGCUAACAAAAAAUGUGAAGACUGGGUGGAGUGCGACCUGGGGAAAAGUUUUUAUACCUGCCCUGCCAAAUCGACCUGCGAGAAUGUUCGUGGUUCCUAUAGAUGUAGAUGUGAAACUGGCCUGGCAGGAACCGGCUUGGCAGGAACCGUUAAAGGAUGUGGGGCACCUUACGCGACAGUGACUUCUUCCUGUGCCGAUACAGCAAUAUGGCUAUCGAAUACAACAGGGUACAUCGAGCCAAUUGAUAAUUCAAAGGCUACUAAAUACAAAAGUAACAUGAACUGCACGUGGAAUAUAACAUCAAAUGGACAAAUUGAUCUUGUCUUUAUACGUUUGGACACCGAGGAUAAGCAAGAUAAGGUCGUCAUACACGAUGGUAGAUCAGCUUCUGCUCCUGUGAUUGGUACCUUGUUUGGAGACACUACCCCCCAGGAAUCGUUCACAAGCACACUCAACAAUCUAUUUGUGAGAUUUGAAUCUGAUGGUAGUAAAGAAUAUAGAGGAUUUUUGGCGAGAUAUCGAGCGAUUACGGAUGGCAGCGUGCGUAUGAAUAGUACCUCUUCACAAAGCAAACUUGCCGGCAGAGUGGAAGUUUUCUACGCUGAUAAAUGGGGGACCGUCUGCCAUGACUACUGGGACGAUAAGGCUGCUGACGUAGUUUGUAGAGAGCUUGGCUUCAAAGAGGCUAAAAGUGAGUAUAAGGACGCUACACAUGGCGAAGGAAGUGGGCCAAUCUGGCUUGACAACGUGCGCUGCUCAGGGAGUGAGACUCAUCUCUACAAGUGCAACAAACGAAAAUGGGGAGAGCACGACUGCACUCAUAAACAAGACGCCAGCAUGGAGUGCAGUUUUGGCGCUACCCAAGUUAGGAUACACGGAAGUAAAAACUAUGGCCGCGUUGAGGUUCUUAUAGAAGGCCAAUGGGGUACUAUCUGUGAUCACAAAUGGGACAUAAAUGAUGCAGCUGUUGUCUGCCAUCAGCUAGGUUUCAAAGGUGCACGCAAUGCGCAUGGAGGCGCAAAAUACGGUCAAGGCUCCGGUCCUAUUCAUCGGAACCUUGUUAGAUGCAUGGGUGACGAAAAAUCAUUGCUGGACUGUCCAUAUGGUUCAUCUCGCUAUUGCUCGCACGCUGAGGAUGCUGGUGUUGAUUGUGCUAUUUGA